UGGAAAGUGAAACUUAAGGAAGUCCUGAGUUCUGAUAAACAAAAGCAGAGGAGAUGUUUUCUCACCAGAUCAGUGUGAACCAGGACCAGGACCAGGAUGGGGGUUCAAGGACUGGUGAGUUUCCUGGAGAGACAUGGGACAGUUUACAGGGACGACGCCGAGUUCAGGAUGAGUCGACUGGUGAUUGACGGCUGGAACCUCGUCUACCUGCUGUACUACCGCUCAGGUCUGGACCAGAACCUGGGGGGGGAGUACGCCGCCCUGGAGGACCUGACUGAGAGGUUUGUAGCUGCCCUCAGAACCUGCGGCGUGACCCCGUACGUGGUCGUGGACGGCGGCUCCGACUUCGCCAACAGGAAGGAAGAGACGGUCCUGAAGAGGGCGGAGGACGCGACCAUGCGAGCCCACCGGGCGGUGGUGGAGGGCAGCAGGGAGGACAUCCUGCCCCAGCUCGCCAAGAGGGUGUUCAUUCAGACCCUGGUCCGCCUGGACGUCCCGGUGGCUCGGUGCUUCUCAGAGGCUGAUCAGGAGAUAGCUGCUCUGGCCACCGAGUGGCGCUGCCCAGUGCUUUCAGAGGACAGCGACUUCUACAUCUUCGACCUGCCGGGGGGGCUGCUGCCCAUCGCUCACUUCCAGUGGCAGGACGUCCGACGGCGAGGUUCCUACAGCUACAUCCCCUGUAGGAGGUUCUACACCUCCGCCUUCUGCAUCGUCUUCUCAAUCCAGCGCCGGCUCCUGCCCACCUUCGCCGUCCUGGCCGGGAACGACUACGUGAAGCAACGGAAGGUGCGCUGGGCUCAGUUCGACCCGACGGGUGGAGAUAGACCCCACCGCCUCAUGGGGCUGCUCCACUGGCUGAAGGACUUCAACGAGCCUCAGGACGCCUUGAAGGCGGCGCUGGGGCUGAUGGGAGAUCUGAGCGAGACCAGCAAGGCGGAGCUGAUGAAGAGCCUGUCUCUGGCCCUGGACGACUACCGACUUCCUCCCAGCUACCUGAAGAAGUUCUUCAUCCACGGGGUGGCGCCGCCGCUCCCUGCAGAGAUCAAGGCCGUCGUCCCGGACUGGAUGCGGUUGCCAUUGGCGCGUAGCGAGCUGACCACAGACGUCCUGGAUGUGCUGCUGAUGCAGAGGGUGAGCCUCAGCAUCGUGGUGGAGCACAGAGACCUCCCCCCCGUCUCCCUGACGUCCAGGCCGAUCCGCCAGCUGAUCUACGGGCUGCUGCUGGGCCCGGACACCUCCCUGCAGGUGAUGGAGCGGACCAGAGACGGGCUGCAGCUCAAUUACAUCCCGGUCAAACCAACAUUCACCAGAGUCACCGAGCGGCUCCGGCUCAGCUCCCUGCCCCAGGCCGACGCCUCCGAGCGUCUACAGGUCUUACUGGAGGCUCUGGGAGUGACCCAGGACCAGCUGAGCCUCCUGCCUCCUGAGCUGCGCCUCCCAGUGGCCGUCACCUGCUACUGGAUGAAGAGAGCUGAUCCAGACGUGAAGCUGCUGAAGUCUCUGCUGCUGGGAAUGAGCAACGGGGCUCAGACAUCCUCAACAGCUCGGGAGGCUCAGAACCAGCUCCACCAGAACCUGGACGUGUCCGUGGUCCACGGUUUGGCCCAGUGGCAGGUCUGUCUGAAGGACGCCACACACCUGAACCAGCUGCUGGGGUUCCCUCUACCUCCACCGACCAUGGCCCGGUUGUAUCAGGGGACACUCGUCCACCAGCUGUUCCACAACAGGAGGCUGGCUGAAGGUCUCCUGGAGGGGGACAGACCCAGGGAGAAGACGUACCGGGACAUGCUGUCCACCGUCCUCCGGGUCCACCACCAGGAGGUGUCCACAGAGUCCAGAGACACCUCCCAGCCCCGGCGCCGUCCUCUGGGCGAGCUGAUGUCCAACAUUCAGCAGGAGGACGAGGACACGGUGAAGGAGGAGCUGGAGGAGCUGGAGGAGGAGGUGGUGUCAGUAAAAACUCGCUACAGAACCAAGGAGAGGAGGCAGCGCCGCAUCCAACCAGAACUGACCCGGAAGAAGGAGCGGCGCCACCGGGACCUCCUCUGACUCUGGUCCUGGACUGGAUGCAGUUAGUCCAGACCAACCAGGAACCUGGACCAGGACGGUCUGGGUUCAGAGUUAGUGUACCUAAUGUUUUGGCAGGUUUUUAUAACGAGACAAAGGUGCAGGUGAAACAUUAGUGAUUAUUACUGGUCAUUUAUUAUUAUUUUGUUGUUUCUCUGUGUGGAGACGAAUAAAGUUUUAAUCAAACUA